AUGAAGUUCAGCAACGUUCUUGCCCCCAUCGUCUUUCUGGGGAUGAGUCAUGUUGUUUCAGCUGAGACAAGCAUUACAAACGCAGAAAAGUAUCUCUCCUCAGUCGGAAUCACUGACACCGGGAUCACGGGCACUCAGGCAACUUCGCUCGCUUACGCUCUUGAAUCUGCAUAUUCAUCCAUCGAGACUCGCUCGCAAUACACCUCUGCUUGGAGCGUGAUGGCUACUGCUAUAUCAUCCGACACUUUUGAGUCUCUUGCUUCAUCAGGCUACAAACACAUUGUUACCACUGCCGAGCCAGCCUGGUUCACUGGACUACCGGAUUCUGUAAAAUCGGAGCUUCUGUUGGAGCAAAGCCAACUUGAUUCGGUUGAGAUGAGCGUUUUGAGCAAAUCCACUUCGACGUCCAAGGGCGAUGCGCCUCAGAAUACCCUGGCGGCUGGUGGUUUUUUCGCUGCCGGUCUUUUAGGCGUUGCGGCGCUUCUAUGA